AUGAAGAACAUUCCUUAUGCUUCAGCUGUUGGAAGCCUAACGUAUGCUCAGGUCUGCACAAGACCUGACAUUGCUUUUGCGGUUGGAGUAUUAGGAAGAUAUCAAAGUAAUUCAGGCUUAGACCACUGGAAAGUUGCAAAGAAAGUAAUAAGAUACCUUCAAGGGACUAAGGAUUACAUGCUUAUGUUUAGACGGACUGACAACUUGGAAGUAAUUGGCUACUCAAAUUCAGACUACGCUGGUUGCAUUGAUUCAAGAAAAUCCACUUCAGGAUAUAUUUUCAAGCUAGCUAGUGGAGAUGUGUCUUGGAGAAGUGUCAAGCACACCUUGACUGCUACUUCCACUAUGGAGGCUGAUGGUAGUCGAAGCAAGCAUAUUGACAUUAAAUAUCUAGCCAUAAGAGAACAUGUUAAAGAUAAAGCAGUGGUUAUUGAACGUAUUAGCACUGAAUUAUCACAAUAUAUCUUUAAUGGCCUAAAAAUAGAAUCCAUAACUCUAAGACCCGAAAUGAAACUCCUCAUCCAUACAUCAUGUGAGGUAGCCUUAAAACAAGAAACGAACUCAGCCUUCAUAGUGAAAGUAGCAGUUAAGGUCUACUUGACACUUCUCUAA